GGCACAGAGUGUGAGGAUAGCGGCGUAUUUUUGGGCAAUCCGCUCUCUGUACGUGUAUCACCCCGCAGACCCAAAAAAAUCAGAAAUUCACCACCUUAUCCAAGUUCGAACUGACCCGAAAUCACAGUCCUCUAACAUUUCAUUUGUUUUGAUAUAAGGUGUUCCUUAGCUAUUCCACGGCCAGCUAGCUGUUGAUUUUCCCUGGGAGAUUAGAAUAAUAUUUAGAUGACAAUAUGAGUGGCGGGGUCUAUGGCGGAGAUGAGGUGGGGGCCCUUGUGUUUGACAUCGGCUCUUUCUCAACAAGAGCAGGAUAUGCGGGUGAGGACUGUCCCAAGGCAGAUUUCCCAACCUCGUUGGGGGUGCAGGUGGAUGAGGAAGGCGGGGGAGAGCUGGCGGGAGAGCAGGAGAAGGCCACAGGGGGGCGUACCUUCUAUCUGGACACUAACACGCUGCACGUCGCCCGCGCAGGGGUGGAGACAGUGUCACCACUGAAGAACGGCAUGAUUGAGGACUGGGAGGCUUUCCGGGCCAUUCUGGACCACACCUACUGCAAGCACAUCAAGUCAGAGCCCAGUCUGCACCCAGUGCUGAUGUCAGAGGCUCCGUGGAACACACGGGUGAAGAGGGAGAAGCUGACAGAGCUGAUGUUUGAGCACUACAACAUCCCCGCCUUCUUCCUGUGUAAGACCGCCGUGCUCACAGCCUUCGCCAAUGGCAGAGCCACUGGGCUGGUACUGGACAGCGGUGCCACUCACACGACAGCCAUACCAGUGCAUGAUGGGUACGUCCUUCAGCAAGGCAUCGUCAAGUCUCCGUUGGCUGGGGACUUCAUCACCAUGCAGUGCCGGGAGCUCUUCCAGGAGAUGAACAUCGACAUCAUCCCACCGUACAUGAUCGCCGCCAAGGAGCCAGUGAGGGAAGGAGCUCCACCCAACUGGACAAAGAAAGACAAGUUGCCCCCAGUCACUAAGUCGUGGCACACAUACAUGUGUAAUGAAAUCAUUCAGGAUUUUCAGGCUUCGGUGCUCCAAGUGUCGGACUCCCCCUAUGACGAGCAAGUUGCUGCCCAGAUGCCCACAGUGCACUACGAGAUGCCCAGUGGCUAUACCACCGACUACGGGGCAGAGAGACUACGUAUCCCAGAAGGCCUUUUUGACCCUUCUAAUGUCAAGGGUCUCUCUGGGAACACCAUGCUUGGAGUCGGACACGUGGUCACCACCAGCAUUGGCAUGUGUGACAUAGACAUCCGCCCUGGCCUGUACGGCAGUGUUGUUGUCACCGGGGGAAAUACUCUUCUACAAGGCUUCACAGAGAGGCUCAACAGGGAGCUGUCCCAGAAGGCCCCCCCGAGCAUGAGGUUGAAGCUGAUCGCCAGCAACAGCUCCAUGGAGCGUCGCUUCAGCCCCUGGAUUGGGGGCUCCAUACUAGCUUCCCUGGGAACCUUCCAGCAGAUGUGGAUCUCCAAACAGGAGUAUGAGGAGGGCGGCAAGCAGACCGUGGAGAGGAAAUGUCCCUGACCCCCAGCUGGCGCAGCAAGCAUCCACAGCGACAGCAGGGGGCGCUCAAAACACAAACUGACUCUGAACCCAUGGGCAGAAUAAAAACCACCAUCACAA